AUGCUAUUGGCAUUGUCUUCUGUUUGCAUCUUUUUUGUUGGUCACGCUCAACAGUUUUCAGGAAAUGCAACAAUUUCAGCACUUAUGACUAAGAAAACAGUUUCAGCAGUUUUUGCUUUUGGAGAUUCGAUACUCGAUACCGGCAAUAAUAACAAUCUUAGAACUCUUUCGAAAUGCAAUUUCUUUCCCUAUGGCAGAAAUUUUGUAGGUGGAAAAGCUACCGGAAGAUUUGGAAAUGGAAGAGUUUUCUCAGAUAUGAUUGCUGAAGGAUUAGGCUUAAAAACUCUCUUACCAGCUUACCGCGAUCCUGCCCUUUCGAACAAUGAUCUUCCAACCGGUGUUUGUUUCGCAUCCGGUGGAUCUGGACUCGAUGAUCGCACUGCCAAAAUACAAGGAGUUAUAUGGGUACCAGACCAGGUGAAAGACUUCCAAGCAGUGAGGACGCAAUACACUGUUUCAGCCUACACUGAUCUCAUGGUCACUUGGACUGAUAAUCUUUUAAAGAGUCUAUAUGCUAUGGGUGCAAGAAAAUUUGCGGUUCUUGGGACACUACCAUUAGGUUGCUUGCCAGGAGCAAGAAACAUAGUUGGAAAUUUAUUGAAAAUAUGCUCAGUCUUUGCAAAUCAAGAGGCUGCUACAUUCAACCAAAAAUUAUCUUCAAACCUUAACAAUCUAGGGAGAACACUUCCGGGUGCCAAAUUUGUCUACGUAGACAUGUAUAAUUCUCUUCUUAAUCUCAUCAACAACCCUCGGGCUUCAGGGUUUAUUGAUGUGGCUGAUGGCUGUUGUUGUAUGCCAACAUCGCCGAUACCGUGCUUGGAUGCAUCUCGUUACGUGUUUUGGGACUAUGGCCACCCGAGCGAGAAGUCGUAUAAAACAAUUGUACCAAAGAUUAUAGAAGAAAUCAAGGCGAAACUCGCAUAA